GGUAGGAUAUUUCAGAUGGUUGGGCUACCUGUGUGCCGUUCCCGGAAAUCGGUGAACCGAAGGCGAAACAAAACUAAGAAUAGCAAGAUGGCUCAAAGAGACUUUUUUACUAGGGAAAUUUUCAUCCCUGAGCACGCCAUGGGUAUGGUUAUUGGCAAAAAGGGUAGGAUGUUAGAAGAAAUAAAGCACAAAACAAGAGUCAGACCCAUUAUUGAUAAAAGUAGGCAUGGUUGCAUAAUUCUUCAAGGUUCAAGAACUGAUGUUCAGAAAGCAAAACGCAUGAUUGAAGACAUAGUAGAAUCUAUCCAGCAGCCUGAGGUUAUUUCAUUGGGAGCAAAGACUAGUAGGGUCAUUGGGGAAGGAGGAAGAAGUAUAAAUUCAAUACGCAGCCAAUCUGAAGCAAGAAUACACAUAAAAGAAGACAAAGCUUAUAUAAGGGGAACCCAAGAACAGAAGAGCAAAGCGAAGGAUCUUAUUAAUAAAUUACUAACUUCAGUUAGUAGUGGCACAUGUGUUUUUAUUCCAGAACAUCUUGCUAGACAUGUAAUUGGGAAACAUGGACAAAGGAUUAAGGACUUAAAGCAAAAAACGAAAACAGAUAUGUAUUACAAUAAGGAAAAUAAUAUCCUUUGUAUCAACGGUGUGACCACCGCACAGGAACAUCAUGCGCGACGAAAAGUAAAAUCUAUAAUGCUACAAUCUCAUGGGACAUAUAUGAAUGAAAAAUAUUGUGUUGUUGAUGGAAGUAAAGAAAGUGAGUUUGAGCUUGAGUCAGUGGCUACACCUUUCCCAGGAUGGAGCGGAGCAUUCUACAAAGUAGUUUUACCUGAUGAUGAUAUGUCUUCUAGUAAUGAAAUGAAUGAAUUACCAGAGCAUCUUAACAACCUUGUACUUAGCAAACUUGAACUUUUGCACCCUUCAAAGGAUGAGUUUGAAAUCGACUUGUGGUCCCAUUUCGGCCAUGCCUAUAUCAAGGGUAUUGAUGAAGGAGAUGACCAUGAGCAUUACAAUUUGAAACAGCUGCGGUCAAACCUACUUCAGGGCUCCCAACAUUCAGCAGAUAAGGGCACAUGGAAGGUAGAUUUCGCAGAAGGCCUCACCGAUGAACAGGUUGAGCAGCUCAUUGGAAAUUUCAAGGAUGAAACAACAUGCAAACCUGCCAACAUCCGAUAUGACUUCUCAUUCUUCACACCAUCGAAUCGUGAGAAUGGUUGCAGACGGAUACGAAUGAAGGCAUUCAUCAAAGAAGAGGGCGAUUUCUUUAAAGAGUCUCCUGUUCAGAUGAAAGGAGUCCUUAGACACGAGAGACUCAAUGACAACGUCAACAUUUACUUGUGCAAGCCUCCUACCGAUGAACUCAAAUUGACUAUUAUGAUGCCUUCACGCCAGUUUGACUGCCGACUGACUCUCAGAAAAAAUUCAAAAAUUCUGCAAAGCCAAAGAACUAGCUCUGAGCUGGAGGAGGAGAAUGUCUUGUUGGAAUAUCUGCGGGGAGCUCUGGUGCUAAGUAAGGGGCAGCUCCAGCUAUCACCAGAUGUACCCCUUCCAGAACGCUUUGAUCUAGACUAUUUCCGCCGAUGUAAACGUUUUGAGUACUCAUAUAAUAUAGGAAAAGAUACGUUUACACUGAUGUUUUCUAAAGAGGAGGCAGUGACACUUGAAGAAUCCAGUUCAAGCGAUAUCCCAAGUCGUAAAAAGACGGAUAUACAUCUCCACUGUGAUGACUGGGAUAAGAGGCUCUUUGAGGGGGACUGGGAACCAAAACAAAUAAUCGAGAAGUUCACUAGUUAUAUGACGUUUGUCAGGCAAGUGCAGAAAAACAUCGACCCAGAAGAAGAGUAAUUAAACCACAUCACCAUUGACCCAGAAGAAGAGUUAAAUUAACCCACAUCACCGUUGACCCAGAAGAAGAGUUAAAUUAACCCACAUCACCAUUGACCCAGAAGAAGAGUUAAAUUAACUCACAACACCAUUGACCCAGAAGAAGAGUUAAAUUAACCCACAUCACCAUUGACCCAGACGAAGAGUUAAAUUAACCCACAUCACCAUUGACCCAGAAGAAGAGUUAAAUUAAACCACAUCACCAUUGACCCAAAAGAAGAGUUAACCAAGAAGUAUAGAGUUAACUUAACCAACAUCACCACGAACCCAGAAGAAGAGUUAGCCUGACGAACAUCACCAUAUGGACCCAGAAGAAGUGUUACUUAACCAACUUCACCAUUGACCCAGAAGAAGAGUUAACUUAAACAACACCACUAUGGACCCAGAAGAAGAGUUAACUUAACAUCACCGAUGACCCAGAAGAAACGUUAACUUAACCAACAUCACUAUGGACCCAGGGGAAGAGUUAGCCUAACCAACAUCACCGAUGACCCAGAAGAAGAGUUAACUUAUCCAACACCACUAUGGACCCAGAAGAAGAGUUAACUUAACCAACAUCACUUUGGACGCAGAAGAAGAGUUAACUUAACCAACAUCACCAUUGAUCCAGAAGAAGAGUUAACUUAACCAACAUCACUAUGGACCAAGAAGAAGUGUAAACUUAACCCACAUCACCAUUGACCAAGAAGAAGAGUUAACUUAACCAACAUCACUAUGGACUCAGAAGAAGAGUUAGUCUAACCAACAUCACUAUGGACCCAGAAGAAGAGUUAACUUAACCAACACCACUAUGGACCCAGAAGCAGAGUUAACAAACAUCACCAUUGACCCAGAAGAAGAGUUAACUUUACCAAACAUGACCAUUUACACAGAAGAAAAGUUUACUUAACCAACAUCACCAUGGACCCUGAGAAGAGUUAGCCAAACCAACAUUUACCAUUGACCCAGAAGAAGAGUUAACCAAACCAACAUAACCACUAGAAAGACGACAGACAAGCUACAGAAAAACUAGAUAGUCAACAUCACAUGGACCGAAAAGAGUUAACCCAGCCAACAUCACCAUGGUAUAGCUAGAGGAAUUGCUUGACCUUUCAGAGCCGUAGCAGGCCUCGAAAUAUUGCCCCCAAAUGCACUACCCCCUGCUACGGCCCUGCCUUUUGACCCGAGAUAAGUGAGAGUAAAGUUUUGACCACCAACUCUGGUCUUGUUCGGAUUAAUCAAUUUGAUAGCAGGAAGCUAAAUCCGAUCUCGUCGGGUUUACUCCAAGCAGUGUGACGAAACACGGGGGGGUGCCUAUGACGUAAUUUCGCUGUAUUUUUGUCGCAGUUGUUACCUCUCUUUGAAGAAUAAUUGCAUCAUGUUCCUCAUAAUCUUUUAUUUUGAUUUUUCUUUUACAAUAUUAAGCGAAGAUUGAAUUUUAUAAUAAGCCUAAGAACAGCCUGACACGAUUUUCGCUUCAGAAACACUUUAAUGCUUGAGUAGGUAAUGCCUCUACACAGAUUUAUCUUAUCAUAAAAAAUAUACAUCCAGUUAGUAUGGAAUUGAAUUUGUAUUUUUCAAUCUGCUUUCUCUAAUAGAAUGAAUGGGAGACCGUGAACCUUCGCCUGCAGUACUCCAGCUACUUUCUGUUUGUGAUGGUUAUCACCUGUAUACUCUAUGGCAUGAUUAAAGGCAGGCCUGUCAAGAACUCCAAAAAGAUAGGAGGUCAGACAAUAUCAGGAAAACAGCUCAAAUUAAAGCAGGCCUUCCAAGAAUUCCAAAAGUUAGAAAGUAGUAAUCUGAGUAAAAGAGCAUCCAGCCAAGAACUUAAAGAAGAAGGAUAGUCUUCAAUGAGAUGGCUCAUGUACAUAAUCUAGGAUAAUCUUAAAAAGGCAGUUAAUUCAGCACAUUAAUAGUAAAUUGUGUGUUUUAGUUUAUAUAGUCUUCAGGACUGCCAUGUUAGGUGAUCAUUUAGCAUAUAGCAGAGAAGUAGCAGGGGGUGGGACACUGGGGGCAACUGGCCCCCCAGUAAUUUGAAAAAUUAUAAGGAAAUGACCAGUAAAGGUGUGGCUGUGCCCCCCCCCCCAAUAUUUCGAGGCCUGCUACUGCCCUGUAUAGCACUGUGAAAAAUGUGAAAGUGUCAAGGAAAAUUGAUGCAGCUGUAAUAGGAAUGCAAAAAAAUAUAUUUAUGUGCCAUAUAGCAACAAAGAAAUACACUAUAAUUCUGUUAUUUAGUGGGUAGUACUGUACAAUCCUUUUUUAUCUUUUAUAGCAACAAGAAAAAACACUAUAAUUCUGUUAUUUAGUGUGUAGUGUUGUACCAGGAAAACUGGUACUCUUUUGCAGACUUGAGUACCAGUUCUUUGGUGUACAUGAUCAUGACCUGGCUGUUUGGGUAUUUUGAUUGAUUUAUCAUUUGGAUCAGAUGGUUAAGGCCUAGAAAAUUAUCAGAGAUUGUUGUUAGAAUUCACCAAAACAGGAACUCAUCAUUUCAAUUUGUUGCUCAGCCUAGUCCCAGGCUUACUCGGUUUCCAGUGCUUGUAAAUGACUGUGAUUUAGUGUUGAGCCCAGGACGAGCACACCACAGGGAUGCCUGGGAUUUUUUGUUGUUCACACGUUCUUCAGAGGUAUCUGCAGACAGAGCCAUAACAGGCCUCGAAUUAUCAGGGGGGGGGGGGGAGGGGCACAAUGAGAAAACAUUAGGGGCACAGUCAUACCCUGGUACUGGUUAUUCCCUUAAAAUUUUUGAAAAUAUGUGCCCCACCCCCUGCUAUGGCCCUGACAGAUUUUCAGGCCCUGAAACCAACACUUGAUUUUGUUCCUUGUAUAAAAUUGAAUAGCGGCACAUAGGGAGGUACUAUAAUUUGUUGGUGAACAGUAGGCACAAGGUAUACACCAAUAAACAAAAAUAUCAAAGUUAUUGUUUAUUUAACAUAUGCACAAUUACUGUGAUAUAAAUUAUGCCUAGCCUACAUCUGCUAACUACCAAAUUGGUUUAUAUGUAAAAUUAUGGCAUAAAAUGCUUUCUAUACCAUAACUCUGCCAUUAUCAGCCUCAACCAUUCAUACAAUCCAUAGCCAUCUACAGAUUCCAUUGACAGCUGUUUACUUAGCGAACAGUAGUAGUAAUCAGCUAGCUGAUUAGUGACUCUACGCGCACAAUAUAUCUUGGGCCAAAAUUUGAUUGUGAGAGGUGGCAGCUUUGUGUCAAUAAAUGUCGUUUUCAUAAUUGAA